UUAUACCGAAGCGAAAACACGCUGUGCAAUCUCCGCCGUAUACGACGCCGCCGCCGCCGUCGGUUCGCGCUCAGUGUACGCCGCCGCCGACAGUGUGUUAUCAACGAAAUACGACGCCCCCACGUGUCUGCGUGUCGCCGCGGACAAUUUUUUUUUAUUUUCCGUUUAUUUAUCGUUUGCCGUUCCGGUUCUCGUUUCGUUCGUUCGCCCGUCUGACGUCUCCCACUCGCUAACGCUCAUUUACGUCUAUAAUCUCUCAACAACCCGUCGAUAUUUUUAUCUCACUCUCGGUCUCUCUUUACGAUCCUUCUCGCAAGCAUACUCUCACAAACUCGAUCUAUCUUCUCUAUCGUUCUCAUUCUCAUUAUCUCUCUCUCUCUCUUUGUGCGUCUCUCUAACGUAUCCGAAACAACCCGACCGACAGACAUACACUUACGCGCGCGCGGGACAUGACUUAGUCGUCUAGCCACGGACGGCAUAACAACGUUGAAAGGGUCGUCGGAUCCGUUCGCCGGUGCAACCAGUGCAGGUAUCACGACUGCCGUCAUACCGACCGAUACCGCGCAGACUCAUCGCAGGAGGCGUUUGGUGAUCGGUUACCACGACCGCGGUGUACAGCAACAGGAGCAACACGUGAUCGCCACCUCCGCCGCCACCACUGGUUGCGACUUGUGCGACAUCAGUGACCACCACCACCACCACCACCACCACCAUCAACAGCAGCAUCAGCAUCUCCACCACACCGGCGUAUCCGUUGCCGCCACUACCGCAGUCGUUGAAAACUACACGGUUCAGCUGACUCCACAGUCACUUAACGCGCCGCCACCACCGCCGUCGCAGUGCUCUUGUUACGCUUUUCCGACAGAUCAGCACCAGCAUAUACGUCCAUCAAUUGGACCCGUACGAUUUCGUGGUAACUGCAGACUGGCCGUCAGGACGUUACCGUACCCACAGCCACAACAACUUCCGUUUCCGGCCACUAGCGCGGCACUGAACCACCACCACCAGCCCCAACUGGCGGACGGACUCUGUCACUGUCGUGUCGCCACCGCCUUGGCCGCCAAUCAACACCAGCACCAGCUGUCGCACCAACAGAUGCUAUUCGUGCCGUUUUCCAUGCCCGCCAACUACGGCAAUCACAUCGCGUGCCCAGCGCAACCGUCUGCCCCUGCCGGUGGCGGAUCGGCAGCCGCAGCAGCCGCCGCGGCCGCAGCUGCAGCGGCUGUGGCCACGCUUUCCAACGGUGGCAACCCCAACUCGGUCAGCCCGUCAGCCGCGGCAAUCGUAAACGGCAACGCAGCAGCAGGACUUAAGGAAAUGAAACUAAACUGGGUAUCUUCUCCGGGACCACAGCUGAAGGCCGACACAAGUAAACACCAUCACAUAUUUGUCGGUGACCUGAGUCCUGAAAUCGAGACGCAAACACUGCGAGAAGCAUUCGCACCUUUUGGCGAAAUAUCGGAUUGCCGAGUAGUACGAGAUCCGCAAACAUUAAAAUCAAAAGGAUACGGCUUCGUGUCGUUUCUGAAAAAAGCUGAAGCCGAGAGUGCGAUCGCAGCGAUGAACGGUCAGUGGCUGGGCAGCAGGAGCAUAAGGACAAAUUGGGCGACCAGAAAACCACCGACGUUAAAAACCGACUCCAACACUAAACCGCUGACGUUUGAUGAAGUGUACAACCAGUCGAGCCCGACCAACUGCACCGUGUACUGCGGUGGACUCACCAGCGGACUCACCGACGAGCUGGUGCAGAAGACGUUCGCUCCAUUCGGCAAUAUCCAAGAGAUACGGGUGUUCAAAGACAAGGGUUACGCAUUCGUCCGAUUUGCCACCAAGGAAUCGGCCACUCACGCUAUAGUGGCUGUCCACAAUUCGGACAUCAACGGCCAGCCGGUCAAGUGUUCGUGGGGCAAAGAGUCCGGUGAACCGAUCGUGUCACAAAACGCGUCACAAGUGUGCUCGUCGCAGGCGGCACUCAGCAGCACACAGUUCCCGUACACCGCCGCGGCGUACGGCCAGCAACUCGGUUACUGGUACCCGCAGAGCUAUCCGGCCACACAGCUACAGGGCCAGUUCCUGCAGGGCGUCCAAGGUUACACGUACGGACAGUUCGGCUACCAACAAGGUUAUCUUGGUCGGAUGGGAAUGCAAGCACUGCCGACGGGAGCGACGACCGCGUGGACUCAACCAGGGGCCCUACAGCCCGGCCAACAGAUCGCGUCUGCCGUAGCGGCCCAACAGUCGGCCCCGGCACCGGCCCCGCCACCCGCCGCCGCCGCCAUGAUACCGGCCUAUCCGACGCUCCACCAGUUUCAGGUAAAACAACACCCCGCACCGGUGCAGGCGUCCGCGUGGCCCAUGUAUGAUCACCUCCACCACCACCAUCACCACCUCCACCACCAGCACCACGGUGGUUAUGAGGCCAACGAGCUAUCCAUACUGAAAAUGGCCACCUCGUGAUCAGCCUACACAGCCGCAGCCUCCACCGCCGCCGCCGCCAUCGCCGCAGCAUCCACAGCCUCCACAGCCGACCGAUUCGAUGGCGCUUAUCGUCCCACGAAAUUGUAUUACGCGCCCUAAUCCCCUUGGUCAAAACCCCUAACGAAUAGUGCCCAAUUUUUCACCUCGUGCAUAUUUUUGUAUCGAUUUUUUUCGAAAAUCCAAUACGUCUAAAUGGACACGAAGACGCGCAAUUUUUUACCUCCCGCUAACCCCCAACACAUGCCCCCCAAACACAACACGCCACUACCUACCCCCGUAAGAUCCUCCCCGGCACACCUAUCACGCGCUUUCGUUAUUAUAAUUAGUUUUUUUUUAUUAUUAUUAUUAUUAUUAUUUACGCUAUUAUUAUAUUAAAUACGAUACCGGUCGAUUGCAAACUCAAUGUACGCGUCCGGUAUUCAAUAAGAUUAUUAUUAUUAUUAUUAUUAUUAUUAUUAUUAUUACCUAUUAUUAUUAAUUAUAAUUGUCUAUUAUGGUUUUUUUUUGUUUUCGAAUCUGUCGAAUUCGAUAUGCACAUAGUUUGAUGAAACGUAUAUAUCUAGCUAAUUUUGUAGACGAGAAUGCUCUUAACGUUAUUAUUUAUUACAAUUAUUUUAGUAGAAUUUUUUUUUUUUUAUAAUUUUGUAUAUUUUAGUUGUUUUUAUACUGCUACGAGGCGAACAUUCGGCAAACCCCGCGUAUCCCGUUCUGACAAACUGUCGUGUGAACGCAUUUGAGUGUGAUUAGGUUUGCACAGGAAAUAGAUUCGUGUCACCCCAACCCCCUCCUACCACACCAAUAGAAAAAAACAAAACAAAAUCGCACCACCGUCGUGUAUAUUGUGCUUGUGAUAUAAUUUGUCGACGAACUUAAUUUCGGCUUAACCCUCUCACACCUGAUACUUCCCGGUUAUAAUAAUAUUUUAUUAUAUUGCCGACAACUUCAACGACGACGACGACGACGACAACGACGAUUGCAAUAGUAUUGUGCUUUCGUUAGCUGUAAUGCGCAUCACGGUGGCUGCUAUUUAGUAACCAUUCCAAAUUAUCUAUUCGCGGUGUUUUACCUGCACACGUGACAUUCGACAAACGAAAUAUUCAUCACUCGGAUCGUGGAAUUAUUGAUAACUGUGUUAUUUAUUAUUAUUAUUUUUUAAAUCUGAAAACGCACAAAUGCGCUGAACCUAACCAGUCGCCGAUGCAUUGCAGUCGUUCGGUCGCCGUGUCCUCGUUUAUAUUAUUAUACAUCGUAUGAUAAUAAUAAUAUGGAUAUCGCUUGACUCCCGAGAGUAAAAUAUAGACCCAAAAGUCACGGGUUUUGUACAAGUUCCUCGCACAAAAAAACACAUACACAGUCCACACACACACGGAAAAUAAAAAUAACUAACACACAAUAUAUUGAUUCACAUAUUCACGUACGAUGUAAUACUAUAUAAGGGCACUGAUGUGGUUUGCAGAUAGCCGACGAAGAGUGGCUUACGCCGAGCCUGCUGGUCUGAGGACGACUGAAUUCUGGAGCCCAAAAACGCGAUACGAUAAUUCUUCCAAACUCCGCCUUCUGCUACACACAUAGUCAAGCCAAUCAAAUUUACAAUACCCCGAAAGCCCUGCCGGUGUACCGAACGAAUUGUAAAUAAAUCAUUUGGGGCGCCAAAAAAAAAAAAAAAAUCAAUAUUAUAUAUUAUUAUAUUAUAUUAUACGGGCCAGUAUAUUAAUGUAUUAUUAUUCGUUUGUACGGUGUCGAAUCCCCCGAUGGGUUGCAUUCGGUUUUUUAAAAACAAUAGAUCGCUAACCAAAUAAAAAACGUAACAUAUCAUCGACACGAGUGAUGAAGAAUUGUGAUAAAAAAAAAAUAAUAAAAUCGAUAAUUAUACCAUAAAAACGAAAAAAAAAUUAUUUAGUCGUAAAAUAUUUAGUAGUCAAGUUAACGAUGGAUGAUAUACAUAAUAAUAAUUGUGCUUACAUGCUCAAAAAACGAAAAUAAUAAUAAUAUUAAAAGUAACUAAUAAUAAUGACUUAAUUAUAAUAUUAUGUUAUAAUAAUAUACAUACCUACUGAUAAUGACCGCGCAUUAUUAAAAAGUGUAGGACAUCGAUUGCCAAACGAUUUUUUUUUAUACAUUGAAACAAAAAAAAAAAAAUGAUAUAUUUUUGUUCAGCACAUUUCUGUUGAUGUUUUUAUUUAUUAUUAUUUUUCUUUUCACUUCACCUGUUUGAACAACUAUAAUAUUAAUGAAGCAUUUUUGUAUGAAUUAUAAUAAUACGAUGGCUCCAGAGAACAAAAGUGUGUUAAUAUGCAUAAUAUAAAUAAAUAUAAUAUAACAGAAUGUUAUUUUAUUAUAUUAUAUUAUUAUUAUUGCGCACUCACACACGCGCGACAGAAACACACAGACGCACGUGUGCAUGUGCGUGUGUAUGUAAAUAGUAUAUAUUAUGUUAUCGACAGCGAUCAAUUCGCUCAUUUUGUAAUAAUACGAGUCUAUAGGCAUAACGCGUACUACCUACAUAAUAAUAUAUAGUUAUUAUUACUAAUAUUUUUUUUCGCAAUGUGUAAUAAUUUCGCUAUGUUUUGCUGUUUUAUCUGACUUUUGUAAAUAUUUAUACGGAAAGAAAAAUAAUAAUUUUAUA